AUGUAUGUGUCUCAGUCAGGUUGUGUUGUGUUUUACCAGGAUAAAGGGCAGUUUGGAGGCCAGAGUGACGGUGUUUCCGCUGCAGGACUCGCUCCUGCUGAUGGUAAAAGACCGUCUGAGGAGUGUCCUGUCGCAGUGAGUCACUUCUGGUACAUGAACCACGUCUACAAGGAAGAAAUCGAACGUAUAGCGCAACGAAAUGGAGUUAAAAUGAAAAGUGAAGUCAUUGUGAAAUUUGAAGCUGAACAGGACGACGGAGCACCAGCUGCUGCUUUAUCUGACUUCACAGAUCUUGUCCAAAAGUGUUUACCUGAUUGCAACGGUUCAGUCGUGCCUCUGAAAAUUUUAGCUCCACAUAAUUGGAGGGAUGCUCUCAGAAUCAUCAGUAAACAUGAGAACAAGCUUUUAAUCACAACGACCUCUGAAGAAAUGAGCGUUUUUGGGCCAUCAACGAGCCAAGGUGUUUUCAGAAAGACUAUAAACGCCAUGCAGAAAACUGAAUCUGAAGAGGGUGAUUUCAGAUCCCAGUCUCCACACCUGAAGAUAAAAAUGACCAUCAUCGACCCUCUUACUGAUGCAGGACUAACCAUGGGGCAGGACCAGUGGAAGAAGAUAAGUUCCUGUCAUCAGCAGGUUGCCACCAUCAAAUCUAAGUUUAAUGUGGACUUUAAAGAAUCCAGCAACGGUCAGGGUGAGGUAAAUGUCAAAGCUGUUUACAACCGAGCUGGAGGAAACGCUGCCAUGGAGAGUCAUGCUGUCAGAGCUCUUCUACGUCUGUACCAGAAGGUUCUUACCUCGCCCCUGCCCCUCACACUGCCCUCUGGUGCCGCUGGGUUUAACUCUCCAUCAGAAGAAGCCUUCAACGAACCGGAGCUGAAUGGGAAUCCAUCACAGCAAAACGAUGACGCGCCUUCAGGAGUGGGUGCAACAGGAGGAGGCGAUAACGACGAAAAAUGUUCGAUAUGUUUGGAUUUAUUUACCAACAAGAAACGGCUGAAAUGCAAACAUGAAUUUUGUGAGGAUUGCCUGCGAGAAACAAAGAAGCACAAUGGUCCCAUUUGUCCGAUAUGCAAAGACGUGUUCGGUAUGAUGGAGGGAGACCAACCGGAUGGGAAGAUGACCUGGUACCAAAGUCCAGGUUCUCUCCCUGGAUUUCCAGGAUGUGGUCAUAUAAUCAUCACUUACGAUAUUCCAAGUGGGAAGCAGACGAAAAAACAUCCCAAACCCGGUGGCCACUACUCGGGCAUAUUCAGAACGGCCUAUCUUCCAGACAACAAAGAAGGGAAUGAAGUGCUGAAACUGCUGAAAACAGCCUUUGACCAGAAGUUGAUUUUCACUGUUGGGACGUCCAGAACGACUGGGCAGGACGAUCAGGUGACCUGGAAUGACAUUCACCACAAGACAUCUAUGUCAGGAGGACCAAGCUGUUUUGGGUAUCCUGACCCAGACUAUCUCAGCAGAGUCAAGGAGGAGCUGAAGGCUAAAGGCAUUAAAUAAAAACUUCUCAAAAUUUGACAAUUUACUGGAAUUCACAUGAUUUGCAUUUAGUUUGUUAAAACAAUAGUUCUGAUGUUUUCAAGU